AUGCGGAUUCCAUCUCGAUUACUUAUGCUGGAGUCUGCAUGGGCCUUAAGGAUGGUGACUACACUACGGCAAUACUUUCCUGUCGCAUCACUUAGGCCUAUUAGGCCUCACAGUUUUACUAGUCAUGAGUCGCUAUGUUGGCACUUCCCCACUGCCACUUAUCUGCCACCAACUCGGCAACACGGAGACGGCACCACUGCUCACACUGCCGCUUACUGCCAGGCGUGUGCGAGCCUGAGCCUGCAUCGUGCGUCUCCGCUUUCAAGUGCACAGUCGCCAGUUAUUGAGGAGAAGUAUGCAACACUAGCAGCUCCUGAAAGGAACCCAAAAAUUGAAGCGCAGCACUGCGGUGAAGCAAAGCAAUUCGUCGCUGAGCAGAUCUCGGCCAUGGUGCUGUCAAAGAUGAAGCAGACAGCGGAGACUUUCUUGGGCGAGAAGGUCACAGAUGCAGUGAUCACUGUGCCAGCGUACUUCAAUGUGAGCCAAAGACAGGCCACUAUAGACGCAGCGAAGAUAGCCGGUUCGAACGUGCUGCGUCUUUUCAAUGAGCCGACGGCUGCUGCCAUUGCAUACGGCAUGGACAAGUGGAGCGACAGGCAACGCAAUGUGCUCAUCUUAGAUUGGGGAGGUGGCACCCUCGACGUGUCCAUCAUGUCUAUGGAGAAUGGUAAAUUUGAUGUGAAGGCGGUCGGUGGUGACACGCACCUGGGUGGUGAGGACAUCAAUUCUCGACUGGUGGAUCACUGUGUGGAGACGUUCAAGCAGGCGCACGAAGGUAAGGAUUUGACCACUCGCAUGACAGCCAUCGGCCGUGUGGGAUUUUCAUGCAAGCAGGCAAAGAGGAUGUUGAGCUCGGCCGAGCACACCAACAUAGGCAUAGUAUCGCUGUUUGAGGGCAUUAAUUUUAGGACAACCCUCACACGAACCGUAUUUGAGGAGUUGUUCUCGGACAUCUUCAGUCAGACGAUAGAUGCUGUGAAGACGGCGUUGAGUGAUGCGAAGAUGGACAAGGGUGACAUCCACGAGAUAUUGCUGGUGGGUGGAUCGACGCCUAUUCCGAAGGUGCAGAGCAUGUUGCAGGAAUUCUUCAAUGGUAGAGAAUUAAAAAGGUCCAUCAACCCAGAGGAGGCAGUGGUGAACGGCGCGGCGGCGCUGGGAGCCAAGCUGAGUGGCGGUAUGUAG